GUCUGGCAGCCAAGGUUGGUUGCAUGUCCGGUCAUUAAAAGCUUUGAUCAGACAAUUAAAUUGAAAUAUUGGCAGACAACGUCCAAUGACCAACACUAAUUUUAGGGCCGUUGCAACCGGGGGGGGGGACUGGGGGACUUCAGUCCCCCCAAUAAUUUGUAAACUAGCAAUAAUCUGUUACUGUAGGUUUGAGAGGGAAGUAAUGACCUAAUAAUCGCCCCUGACUAAUCAGCCCCUCCCCAAUACAAAAUUGCUUCCUACGGUAGUGAAUUUGCAGGCCUGGGUUAAAUAGAGUAUCUCAAUUUUAUUUGCUGCAAAAUUAUACAAGACUAAAGCAAAGAAUGAAAAUAAUAAUCUCACCCAUAAAAAUCCUCGCCAUCAUCUUUAUAAAAAUAGUAACCAUUGAUUUGUUAUGAUUUCUGUCAAGAUUCAACUGGUAGCUGUGGUAAUCAAGUGACACUAGCAAAAAAACUAUCAAAACCAGAUACUCCUUGUGGUAAUAAUAAUGCUUAUCAAGGUUACUGUGUAAACAAAUGUCCAAUUGGCUUCUAUCCAAAGAGUGGUAAAUGUUUAAGUUGCCAUGACAUUUGCUCAUCUUGCAAUGAGACUCAAUGCCUAAGUUGUAAGGACACAAAUUAUCUUUCACAACACGGUCUGUGUGUGAAAACUUGUGAUGCAAAGAUGCUGAUGAAAAACUCUAGUAGUCCAAGGGUACGACUUGUUGAAGGACGAUCCAGUUUGGAAGGCGUGGUAGAGGUGUACUAUAAAGGAUCCUGGGGGACGAUUUGUGCUGAUGGCUGGAGUGCAGGAGAGGUUCUCUGUAAGGAACUUAAACUGGGUCAUGUUGUUGAAGCAAAAAUUGUUGGUCAAGGCAGGUUUAAAAGAAGUGAUGGGUACAAGGAUAUGAAAAUUUGGCUGAGUGGUGUCAACUGUAAAGGGCAUGAAAAGUCAAUUUUGGAUUGUAAACAUAAAGGUAACUUGAGAAGAAUUAAUAUCUCAUGGUUGAUCUACUACUGUGACAAUCAUUUCAAUAUUAACAUUGCAAACAUUGUUAUCAUUACCAUCAUUAUCCUUGAACCAUCAUCAUUAUUACCAUUAACAUCACCAUCAUCAUUAUUACCAUUAACAUCACCAUCAUCAUUAUUACCAUUAACAUCACCAUCAUCGUUAUUACCAUUAACAUUGCCAUCAUCAUUAUUACCAUUAACAUCACCAUCAUCAUUAUUACCGUUAUCAUCACCAUCAUUACCAUUAACAUCACCAUCAUCAUUAUUACCAUUGUCAUCAUCAUUAUUACCAUUGUCAUCAUCAUUAUUACCAUUAUCAUCAUCAUUACCAUUAUCAUCACCAUCAUCAUUAUUACCAUUAUCAUCACCAUCAUCAUUAGCAUUAUCAUCACCAUCAUCAUUAUCAUCAUCAUUAUUAACAUUAACAUCACCAUCAUCAUUAUUACCAUUAUCAUCAUCAUCAUUAUUACCAUUGUCAUCAUCAUUAUCACCACCAUCAUCAUCAUUACCAUUAUCAUCACCAUCAUCAUCACCGCCAACAUCACUACCAACAUCAUCACUACCAACAUCGUCACUACCAUCACCAUCAUUACUACCAUCUUCACCAUAACCACCAUACCUUUCACCUGACCAAUAAAGGAAUACCGAAUGGUUUUCCGUUCAGGAUUGCGUGAUCCAUGCAUGAGGGAUGUCGCAAACUUUCGGAAAGCGUAAAAAUACUCGAGCCGCAGGCGAGUGUAUUUUUAUGCUUUCUGAAAGUCGAGCAACAUCCCAAGUGCAUGGAUCACGCUAUCCUGCUUGGAAAACCAUUUGGUAAUUGUUUUAUAAAAUAACUACAGUGAAACAAUGACAUUUUAAGAAUCCCGCGAAAAUCCCACAAAGGCAUUUUAAUUCCUCGUGCAUUUUAAUUCCUGAUCCUGCACGGCUAUUGACCAAACAAAUUGCGUGUUUCACUGUAGUUAUUAUAUAAUACGUUUUCCUUAAAAAAAUAAAACUUCAAAAUUAUUCACUUCCAUUUUAGCCUGGGGUGAUAAUCAGUGCAGCCAUUUGGAAGACGUAGGCGUUCGAUGCAGUGGUCCAGAUGCAACCAAUACGUGUGAAACUUCAUGUAGCAAUGGCUAUUUUGCUUCAAAUGGCAAGUGCUUGGAAUGUCCACUAGACUGUAAGGUUUGCACUUCGCUUGACAACUGUUCAACUUGUAAUGAAAUGAGAUUCUUGGAAGGUAUAGAAUUUUAAACAAUUUUUUGAUUAUAUAAUAUUUGUUUUAAGGCCAAUUCAUACUCACAAGUUUUGUCUAAAACUGUCGCAUGCAACCUGCUUACAAUUUGAGUUGUACUGUGUAAACCAAGCACUCAACUAGUACAACUCAAGUUGUAAGUAGGUUGCAUGCCAAUCUCGUUCCCCGAGCAUGCCCGUUCGCAGGUUAAGGGUGGGCAUAGCUCUGGAGAAAUCGAAUUGAUUCACGUUGGAUUUCCAACGUGAGUUCUACGCAUGCUCGGCAAUUGUUGCAAAAUAUAAACAAAGUAUUUAGAAUUUCUCGUCGAAAAUUUGAUACUUUUUACACUGAAAUCGAAUUGAAAACAACUAAAAAUUCUGGGGGAAAGCUUCGGAUUGAUAGGGAUACAACUACCUGAAAAGUACAAGGAGAACUUCAACAUUUCGUGCGAAGGCGCUUCGACAUGUAUUGUAGUGUUCGUAUACAUCGUACUUGACCUUUGCUGAUAAAUAUAAUCUCCUCAAGAAUAAGUAUUCACUAUAUUUUUAUGCUUUAAAAUUUACAUGUAACUCUCCUGUCAGAAUUUAUGGUAUACAUAGUGUUAGGUAUGACAGUAUGUCAGUAUAUAAAAGGUCAAGUACGAUGUAUACAAACACUAUAAACAGCACAAGUCGAAGCGCCUUCGCUCGAAACGUCGAAGUUCUCCUUGUAUUUUUCAGGUAGUUGUAUCGAAAUCAAUCCGCAGCUUUCAUACAUAUUUCCUCCAGAAUUUCUAGUUGUUUUCAAUCGAUUUCGGUGUAAAAAGUAUCAAAUUUUCGACGAGAAAUUCCAAAUACUUUGUUUAUAUAGAACUCGCGUUGGAAAUCCAACGUACUGUCUGCCGUUAGCCAAUCACAGGCCUGAAUCAAUUCGAUUUCUCCAGAGCUAUGCCCACCCUUAACCUGCGAACGGGCAUGCUCGGGGAACGAGAUUGGUUGCAUGCCAGAGUUUUAGGCAAAAGUUGUUUGGUGUAAAUUGGCCUUUAUGUGGUUUAUCGUUUUGGGAUUAUUAAUGUUGGCAUCACUCUCAUCACCACCACCAUUCUCAUCACCAUAUCACCAUCAAAACAUCACCAUUAUUAACAUCAAAAUUUCACCACCACCAUUCUCAAAUCAAAAUAUCACCACCAUCAAAAUAUCACCACCACCAUUCUCAUCACCAUAUUAUCACCAUCAAAACAUCACCAUUAUUAACAUCAAAAUAUCACCACCACCAUUCUCAAAUCAAAAUAUCACCACCACCAUUCUCAUCACCAUAUUAUCACCAUCAAAACAUCACCAUUAUUAACAUCAAAAUAUCACCACCGCCAUUCUCAUCACCAUUAAAACAUCACCAUUAUUAACAUCAAAAUAUCACCACCACCAUUCUCAUCACCAUUAAAACAUCACCAUUAUUAACAUCAAAAUAUCACCACCACCAUUCUCAUCACCAUCAAAACAUCACCAUUAUUAACAUCAAAAUAUCACCACCACCAUUCUCAUCACCAUCAAAACAUCACCAUUAUUAACAUCAAAAUAUCACCACCAAUAUCACCAAUGUCUCCACCAUUUCUUCUCCCAUGAAAAUUACAAUAGAACUAAAAUAUUACUACUGCCCAUCUUCCUAGGUACUUUCUGUGUCCCAAAAUGUAAACCAGGGAAUUUUGGUAAUUUGGAAACUCGGAAAUGCUUACCUUGUCCUGAUCAAUGCGAAACCUGCAUAGGAACGGACAAUACCCCAAGGUGCACUAGUUGCUCCUCGGACAAACAGGCCAACUUUAUAAACGGGGACCAAUGUAUGAGCCAAUGCCCUGGGGAAGCAGUGGGGUUCUCUAAAUACGUUCGUCUAUCUGGUAAUCACAGUAGUCCCUACAUGGGUUUACUAGAGGUGAAGUAUAAGGGGGAAUGGCAUACAGUUUGUGAUGACGGUUUCGAUCUGGAUACCGCACGAGUAUUCUGUCGUGAGUUAGGGUAUGGUCAACCUAUUAGGUAUCAGGGCAGCGCGUAUGGUAAAGGCACAGGGAAGAUUAUAGCCCAAUAUAUCAAUUGUAAGGGGGACGAGAAGAGUUUCAUUGAAUGCCCACAGGUUAAUUGGUUCUCACGCGGUUGUUAUCACUACGAAGACGUAGGGUUACGGUGUGAACCACCUGCACACAAUUAUGUUGUAAAAGACGGAUGUAUUGAAAAAUGUCCCGGGGGAACCUUUCCGAAUAAGGAGAAGAUUUGCGAACUGUGCAAUCGAAAAUGCAAAACCUGCUUAGAGCAUCCUGAAAACUGUUUGAGUUGUAGAGAGCCGUUCUUUCAUAAUGGUACGACAUGUGCAAGGAUCUGUCCUGAUGGUACAUUCCCUAAUGCUACCCUUCGUGUAUGUCUCCCGUGUAAUAAAGAUUGUAGGACAUGCAAGGACCAAGCAGAUAAGUGUCUAUCCUGUGUGCCACCGCUUCUUCAUAAUGGUACACGUUGCGGGCUGACCUGCCCUGAUAAAAUAUAUCGAAAGGAGUACUUGUGUGUGAAGGACUGUGGUCUGAGGCACUACCCUAAGGACAAAGUUUGUCACGUAUGCCCGUUGAAAUGUCUCGUUUGUACUACAAGCACUAAAUGCAAAGCAUGCGAAUAUGGUUUUGUUUUAACCAAGAAAGGCAAAUGCGAACGCAAUUGUCCCACAGACCAAUACUGGGCUUACCAUGAACCUAAAUCUUUAGGCAUCGCUCUUCCAUUACGGUUAUCCAGUGUUGAAGAUUUUAAAUACAAAGGACGGUUGGAAAUUAAGCAUGAAGGAGUAUGGGGUAGUAUUUGUGAUGAUGGUUGGUCAGGUAAGAAUGCCGAGGUGGUGUGCAAACAGCUACUGCUCGGCCCGCCUGUUAAGAAUGUGUACCUCAAUUACAAGAGUUUUAAAGAGUUAAAAGAGUUCAACGUUACUAAAAUAUGGUUGGAUGAUGUCGACUGUAAAGGCACAGAAGAUGAUCUCGCUCAGUGUAAGUCUAUAGGAUGGGGUUCUCACAACUGUGUACAUUCAGAAGACGUGCAUAUCGAAUGUGCAUAUCCUGGAAUUUCUAGUUGCGAGACUGAAUGUCCUCCGUCCUACUACAAAAAUGGUACAAGGUGUCAGCCCUGUUAUUUUAAUUGCCUGAACUGUUCUGGUACUGCAAACAAUUGCUCGUUGUGUAGGGAAGGAUAUUUCCGCACCAACGGUAGCAUAUGUGUUAAGGAAUGCCCACCGGGCUUCUAUAAAACCGACAACCGACAUUGUAAACCAUGUCACCCAGAUUGCUGGACUUGCAGUGGACCCGCGAUUACGGAGUGUACUUCAUGCAAGCGACCCAGUGUGCUGCUAGGUGAUAUGUGUUUGAAGAGCUGUUCCAAAGGUUUAUAUGAGCGAGGUGUUAAUCCUUUUAUCAAGUUGUGGAAGAAAGUUGGACCAUAUGAGGGCGUUGUUUUGGUAAGUUGAUUUAGUGUUGGGUUUUAUCCUUGCCCGGCUGUGUUUGGGUGAUACAUUGAGACACAAAUAACGGCAGCUUUUUGAGUUUAGUAUGAUAAGAUCAUGUGAUCUGAUAUUGAAUUAGUGGUGUCUAGCAGAGAAGAAUGGGCCGCGAGGCUCCCUCGUGAACCACCCCAUGGAAAAUGUGCACCCCCCCCCCCCAUGGAAAAUAUGCACCCCACCUUGUAGAUGAGGCUAGAUUCGCCCUUGCACAAUAACAAAUUUACUAAUAGACCUUUCCCCUUAUGAGUGAAAUUUUGAUCUAGAAAUGCCUGGACAAAAAUUUCAUCACAGCUUGAAAAAGAGCAUCACAAAAUUAGUAAUGUUUCGAAGUUUCGUUGCGAAAUGUUGUAAAAUGCGGAUAAUAUAGCCUUGCGAAAGUUUGCCGUUUUUCAGUCAUUUUGCAUUACAAACGGGAAAUUGAUAAUCAGAUGAUCAAACUGAUUAUCAAUUUCCCAUUUGUAAUACAGAAUGACUGAAAAACGGCAAACUUCGCGAGGUUAUAUUAUCCGCAUUUUACAACAUUUCGCAACGAAACUUCGGAAUAUUAGUAAUUUUGUGAUGCUCUUUCAAGCUGUAAUGAAAUUUUUUCCAGACUUGUCUAGAUCAAAAUUUCACUCCAAAGGGGAAAGGUCUAUUUACUAAUUGUGCUUUUUGUCUUAGGUAAAAGCGAAAGGUGAAACAGGUUUCGUCUGCAACAGAUACGUAAGUCUUCAAGAUGGUCAUGUUGUUUGUAAAGAACUCCAGAUGGGAAAAGCGGUACAGGUGUACAACACCGAGACGUACGCUUAUUAUCGUACACCGCUGGUGAUUAAAAAUCCCAAAUGCAUUGGUAAGUUUGUAAUUUAUGUUUAAAUUGAACAUUGUCUCUGAGUGUGUCCACACCGGAUGAGCUGAAAAGUUUGCUUGGCCGCAGUAGGAAUCGAACCCGUGACGUUUGGUUUGUUAAUCCAACCAUGGAUUGUAAAAUAACUGGAUAGGAAACUUGCUGACGUCAUUGACUGCAUCCUUGUCACAGAAUAAAGACAUACAGAAGUGUAACUUCCAUUACAAAACCGUAAGGCGCUUUUUACCGAAAUAGCUGGCGGCCAUGUUCUUAGCAAGUGCCCUAAAGAGAGGCAUUCACCCCCCUGGAAUAUUAAAUUUUCAAUAUGUUUUCAGGGGGGUGACUGCCUCUCUUUAGGGCACUUGCUAAGAACAUGGCGGACUGAAAAAAUCCCUUACGCACUUUUAAUAAGAAGAUACACUUCUGUAUGUCUUUAUUCUGUGUCCUUGUUGAAAAACGUGACGUCACGCGUGUUGCGAAUGUUACCAAAGUUCUCGGCAUUUUUGUUGUUUUGCUAUAUUUUCCACUUUAAAAGGAUGAUAUUGAAGCAUAAACUGGUCUAAUUGUUUUAAAAACAUGCCUAAGCCACGAGAAAGUAUUCAAGGUAAAUGUUUUUCGUCUUUGUUUUGUAUUUUUUUACAUUUGUAGCUACGAAAUUGGCGUCACAAAUUUUAACGAAAUUUGCGAUGUAUUUUUCACUGUAUAGUGCUUGAAAUAUUUGCUAAAAUUAACUGGGAAUACUUAGUGUUUUCAUCGUAGAAUGGCGUGGUUAUAUUUAUUUGCUCUUUGACUAAAAUGUUUAAGCUGUAUUAUUGCUAAACAUGCCGUUUUUGAGAAUUUGGUUUUCAACUAAGUUGAGGCAUCCAACCACGCCAUCAGCCCAUUGAAAACAUUAGGUUACGUCAGCUAGUUUCCUAUCCAUUUAUUUUAUUAUCCAUGGUCCAACACUCUCUCAACUGAGCUACGAGGUCAAGUCGAUUCGAGUGCGUGAUAUUUCGCAACUCAGUCUAGUCCCUUGACACACUAGCAAACCAACGCUAGUAGCAAACCAAAGGUCGCGGGUUCCAUUCCCACCGCGGUCAUGUAAACUUUCCAGCCUGCCCGGUGUAGAUACACUCAGAAGUUAAAAUUAGUUUAGUUUAGGUUUCCUUCUGUAGUAACACUGGAUCAAUAAGAGAUGACACUUACUGUUUUCUAGGAAGAACAGUUUAGAACUGAUCGAACGAUUCAUUCUUUAGUCAGGCACGGAUUUUUUUCUUUUUUUUUUGGGGGGGGGGCAGAAAUGAUUUGCUCCCCAAGGCAUUUGGCACCCCCGCAAAUUACAUAUAUUUUGAUUUGAUAGUUUCAUAUUUGAUUAUUUUUACUACUAAAUUUGUAAAAUUACCAAUAUUAUGGUCUCAGAUCUCGCCAUGUAGACCUAGAAAACAAAUUUUGUUAAACUUUUUCCUUGGCCUUUCCGGGCGUUGCCACCAUGCCCCGGCCAAAGCAAGCAGCAGCACCCCCCAGAUAUUUAUCCCCCCCCCCAAACGAAAAUAUGAAAAUCCGUCUCUGUUUAGUAACAAUGGAGCUCUAGGGAGAACGUACUAGGUUAAAGUUUAAAACCUUUUGCAGGUAACGAAUCUUCAAUAUUUAACUGCCCUCCACGACGCUAUUCUUACUACUGCUCCAGGCGAAGUGUUAUAUCAGUUAAAUGCAGUGGUCCUGAUAUAUCAAGUCGAUGCUUAAAGAAAACGGAAUGUCCUACCAAAAAGAACUUCUACAUAACAGAGGACAAUAAAGUGUGUAAUUUUUGUUCAAAAGAUUGCUUGCGUUGUGAAAAGAAUGCUACGAGAUGUACCGCCUGUCCUAAAGGUUUGAGAAUUUGUUAUUUUUUCUACAGUGACAUGUCAGUGUUUUCAAUAAAAGUCAGUUACCGGCGGUCAACUGCCGCCUAUUAGAGAGGUUUAGAUUUGGCUAUGACUGCUUUCUAAGGGGUUGUGUUUUAUGUUAAUGAUGAUGAUGAUGAUGAUGGUGGUGAUUAUGGUAGUGGUCAUAGCGAUAAUGAUUGUGGUGGCGAUGAUGGUGAUAGUUGUACUGUUCUAGUGAUGAUGAUAAUGAUGAUAAAUGAUAGUGUUGAUGAUGAUGAUGGUGAUAAUGAUGAUAGUGGCGAUUAUGGUAGUGGUCAUGGCGAUAAUGAUUGUGGUGGCGAUGAUGGUGAUAGUUGUACUGUUGUAAUGAUGAUAAUGAUGAUGAUAGAGGUGAUUAUGGUAGUGGUCAUGGUGGUAAUGAUAAAUGAUGGUGUUGAUGAUGAUGGUGUUGAUGAUGAUGGUGAUGAUGAUAGUGGUGAUUAUGGUAGUGGUCAUGGUGAUAAUGAUUGUGGUGGCGAUGAUAAUGAUAGUUGUACUGUUGAAAUGAUGAUGAUAAUGAUGAUGAUGAUAGAGGUGAUUAUGGUAGUGGUCAUGGUGAUAAUGAUAAAUGAUGGUGUUGUUGAUGGUGGUGGUGAUAUGAUGAUAGUGGUGGUUAUGGUAGUGGUCAUGGUGAUAAUGAUUGUGGUGGUGAUGUUGAUGAUGGUGGUGGUGAUGAUGUGAGAGUAGUACUUAUGGUAGUGGUCAUGGUGAUAAUGAUUGUGUUGAUGAUGAUGGCGAUGAUGAUCAUGAUAGAGGUGAUUAUGGUAGUGGUCAUGGUGAUAAUGAUGAAGAUAAUGGUGAUGAUGAUGAGAUAAUGAUGGUGGUAAUGAAUUAAUGAUGAUGGUCAUGGUGAUAAUGAUGGUGAUGGUGAUAAUGAUGGUGAUGGUGAUAAUGAUGGUCAUGGUGAUAAUGAUGGUCAUGGUGGUAAUGAUGGUGAUGGUGAUAUUGAUGGUGAUGGUGAUAAUGAUGGUCAUGGUGAUAAUGAUGGUCAUGGUGGUAAUGAUGGUCAUGGUGAUAAUGAUGGUGAUGGUGAUGGUGAUAAUGAUGGUCAUGGUGAUAAUGAUGGUCAUGGUGAUAAUGAUGGUCAUGGUGAUAAUGAUGGUGAUGAUGGUAAUGGUGUUGGUGAUGGCGAAUGUGUAUAUGAUAGUUCUGUUUGGUUAAAUUCAGAAGACCACGCUAACCUCCAUUUUAUCAUUCAGGUUUUCUCUUAACCUGGGACAAUAAGUGUGUGCAAUACUGCCGUGAAGGAACAUUUUAUGACUCCUAUUCCAACAGAUGUACAAAAUGUAGUACCAAAUGCGUUGCUUGUGCUCACAAUAAAGACGUCUGCACCGUUUGCCCUGCUUCGAAACCCUACUUGGCGAGUAUCGCUUGUCUAGAGAAUUGUAAUAAUUAUGGUUUAACCCGGCAUGGUUCAGCCCAACUUAGAUUAGUUCCAGAUAGGACUGGAUCGAUUGUUCAAGGAAAUUCCUCCCGAGGACUCGUGGAGAUGUUUAUUAAUACCACACAUUGGUUUCCAGUGUGUGCUGUUAACUGGAAUAUACAAGCCGGGGCAGUAGCAUGUCAUGAACUGGGUUAUGGUGAUCCGAUACAAGUUUUUCCAGUGUACAAGUAUACGUCGAGUUUCACGUUGGAACGGACACUCAAGUUAAAUUGCACUGGAAAGGAGACGCGAUUGAAGGACUGCCCUAGAAGUAUGUAUACUCGUAUACUUCCGAGAUUGAAGGACUGUCCUAGAAGUAUGUAUACUCGUAUACUUCAGAGAUUGAAGGACUGUCCUAGAAGUAUGUAUACUCGUAUACUUCAGAGAUUGAAGGACUGUCCUAGAAGUAUGUAUACUCGUAUACUUCAGAGAUUGAAGGACUGUCCUAGAAGUAUGUAUACUCGUAUACUUCAGAGAUUGAAGGACUGUCCUAGAAGUAUGUAUACGCGUAUACUUCAGAGAUUGAAGGACUGUCCUAGAAGUAUGUAUACUCGUAUACUUCAGAGAUUGAAGGACUGUCCUAGAAGUAUGUAUACUCGUAUACUUCAGAGAUUGAAGGACUGUCCUAGAAGUAUGUAUACUCGUAUACUUCAGAGCUUGAAGGACUGUCCUAGAAGUAUGUAUACUCGUAUACUUCAGAGAUUGAAGGACUGUCCUAGAAGUAUGUAUACUUGUAUAGUUCAGAGAUUGAA